AAAGAGAAAGAGAGAGAACUCUGUUAAAAUAUAGUGUUAUGUCCAUGUUAGCCAAAGCAGCUUGUUUGCAUCAAUAGACCGCUUGAACAUUAACAGUUCUGAUUAAUCAUUACAAUGGGAAUUUGAUAACUUCAUGGAAAACAGUUUCUGACUACAGCAGUUUUAAAAAAGAAGGAGGGAAUGAUAAUUAUUUCAUUCUGACUUAAACUUUCAUUAACUGAUUCUUCUGUGGACUUAACUUUCACAUAGAAAGAAUACCAUAGUUUUGUGGCUUUCAGUUCUGUUAUAGGUGUUUCUCAUAUAGGUCAAAAACUAUGCGUGGUGCUAGAAAAUACAGGCAUGUAAUUGAAACUCCUGAACCUGGAAAAUGGGAGUUGGCAGGGUAUGAGGCAAACCUUCCUAUUACAGAGAAGUCAAAUCCCAUUACCAAGGAAAUUGACCGAGCUGAUCCUGCACAGAUUGUCCAACUCCUAAAAGAAUGUGAUGCUGAAAUUUUCCAAGAAGAAGAUGACGCCAUUAUAAAUUAUAAGCGGCUAUACAGUGAGUCUGUUCUUACCGCCAUGGCUGAUGUGGCCAAGAAGGUACAAGAAGUGAUAAAGGAUCCAGAAGACAGCCUGAUUGUUUUAAGUGGAUGUGGAACUUCUGGAAGACUGGCUUUUCUUCUUGCAAAUUCUUUUAACAAGCUACUAAAAGGACUCUAUAGGAAGCCAUGCUAUUCUUAUAUUAUAGCAGGAGGAGAUAGGACACUUGUUAUGUCCCAAGAAUCACAUGAGGAUAACCCAUUGUUAGGAGUUGAGGAGAUCAACAAGGUGUGUGAAGGAAAAAGGAGGGUGGUUUUCAUUGGGAUCUCCUGCGGUUUGUCAGCUCCAUUUGUAGCUGGGCAGCUUGAUUUCUGCAUGAACAAUAUGGAUAUUUUUACUCCUGCACUGGUUGGUUUGAAUCCAGUCAAUAUGGCAAGGAAUGAUAAUGUAGAUGGCUGGAAUUUAACAUUUCGCCAAGUGGCAGAGAGAAUGCAGAAACUACAUGAGAUGAGAAAGGCAUUCAUCCUGAACCCUGCAGUAGGGCCUGAAGGGAUUACAGGUUCAUCACGUAUGAAAGGAGGAAGUGCUGCAAAAAUCAUUUUGGAGACCCUUCUUCUAGCUGCACACAAGGCCACGUCAAACAACACUGAGGUCACAGAAGCAUAUUUGUUGGAAAUCCUGAGGACAUAUGAAAGAGUGCACAAAAUUACAUAUGCACAAAGCAAAAAGAUUGCUGCUGUAGUAAAGCAAGCUGGCACAAGUUUACAGAAACAGGGUCACAUAUACUAUCUUGGUUGGCAGAACCUAGGUGUGAUGGGAAUCAUGGAUGCCACGGAGUGUACCCCAACAUUUGGGGCAGAUUUCUGUGAUGUACGUGCAUUCAUUGGCAAUGGAUACAAGGACUUAGAUAAUACAGAAGGUGACCUGACAGAUCUGGGACUACAAUAUGCUGUUUCUCAUGAAGACUUUCUGAAGAAUGUCUUGCCUUCAGUUACAGAAAAUGACACAGUUAUCCUUAUCUUCACAUUAGACGAUGAUGUCAAAGAGGUUGAGAAGAUAGUACAACAAGUGAAAGAGAACACAUCGCAUUUCUAUGCCAUCUCACAUGCAACUGCGGGGCAGUACAUUCCGACCAGUGUGAAAAAGCUGUUUCCUUCCCUUAUCAGCAUUACGUGGCCCAUUCUAUUUGCAGAGUAUGAAGGUUUCUUUUUGCAGAAAUUUCAGCGACAGCUGUGUACCAAAUGGAUUCUUAAUGCUGUAAGCACUGGAGCUCAUAUACUGAAGGGGAAAAUUUAUUCCAAUUACAUGGUGGACCUUAAAGUCGGUAACAGCAAAUUAUUCAACAGGGCUCUUUACAUCUUACAGAAGUUCACGGGUCGCUCUCAGUCAAAGUGCCUUGAGGUACUCCUGAAGUCCAUUUACAAUACAGACAAUCUGACAGAUGAAAUAACAGAUGCAGAGAUUUCCAAGCACAUAGAAAUAGCAGCACAUAUGAAUAAGGUUGUACCUACAGCAGUAGUGGCGCUUUCACGCAACUGCUCAAUAAAGGAAGCUAGAAAUCGCCUAGAUUGCUUUCCUAUAAUUCGAGAAGCCAUUGAAGCAAUAUUGAGUUCCCCAGGGCGCAAACGUUCAGCACACCAAAUUGACGUUGCAACAGCAGAUUAAUACUCAAUCAUAUUAUGAACAUUGUGACAGUGCAUCCUUCUCCCCUUUUCUUUCUUUGCGUAUCUUUCCUCUGAGCAUUAUACCUUUUCUCAACCCAUCUCUCAUUUUCUAAUUUCUUUUCAUCUUACCUCUUCUCUUGUCUACUCUCCUCUACUUGCCUCAUUUCACUUCACCUUUCCUCAUUUCACAUCUUAGCUCAUCCCUGUUCUCAUCUCUUUUCAUUUCUUAUCUCCUGUCCUCACCUAUUAUCUCCUAGCCUCUCAUCUCCUGACCUAUCUGUGUUAUUUAUGACUGCUUCAAUCAAGGGUCAGCUUGCUUAUAUAGACAAUGAUUUACUCAAAAGCAUAUACUGUAAUAUGCUUGGUAAAUAUAGUAACUUGGAAUGUUGAGUGGAAACCAAUGGGUGUGGAUAAGCUGUGAGGUAAAACAAUGGGUGUGGAUAAGCUGUGAGGUAUACAGUCUCUGCAGUGUUCACUGUCUACUGGAAGAUGACUAAACUUAAUGAAGAAAGUGGAGGUGACUUGUUCAGCUAUGUGACAUCAAACUACAGUGACAGUGGAAGAUAUGUGGGAUGGUUAGUACCUGACUGCCACAUAACAGGAGGGUUACUAUUUUCAGAAGGGUUUUACUGGAUCUUAAUAAAUGGAGAGGAAAAGAGGCAGACUGGAUGAAGUAAGCAGAGUUUACAGGAAAAUAACGAGUUAAUAUUUGCUGUAAGCAAAAAUAUGCAGUGUUAUAAGCUUCAAGGAAUGAGACAGCAAGAGAGAGCAAGAGAUAGAGUAAAUAUAAGAGAGCGAGAGAGAGUGGGAGAAAGGGGAGACAAUGUGUUACACGGAACACGAGAUAACCUGAAAGACAACAACAGACAGGAUGGAUAUCUGCAACAGUCACAAGCAGUAUGGACAGCACUUCAGAGUAUGAAAGAAAAAGUAAUAAACUAUGUGGUCAAUCCAUAAUAGCUGCAACAAUGACAAAACUAUUAUAUGAAAGAAACAAAAUAGAUAUUGUGGGUCAGGUAAAAUCGAAAGUUGUUUAAUAAACUCUUGGAGUGGUAGUAAAAUGAAGGAAAAAGAAAAUCUGCUAAGGCAUGGUACUGAGAUGUAAAAUAUUCUAACAGUGAAAGGUCGUGGCCUUGUGCAGUUUGGUUAUGAAAUGGAUGAUAUUCUGGUAGGAUCACAAUCACAUGUGUGUGCAGAAUGAGUUUGCUCUUCUUUUCCUUCCUCUCUGGUACAUGCUCUCUCCUAUUUCUAUUCUUAAAAAGGGGACUAAACCCCACGUUUUACCCAUGUAGUAAAAAUCACAAAAGCGCCUGAGGAUCACAUUAAGGAAAACUUCCCAGGAAGCGGUGCUACUUGAAACGAUGCCCAGCACAAAUAUUCUUUUAGACAAUGCUUUUCCUUACAAAAACACUAUUGAAGAAAUGUCAUAAAGUAUUCUGAUUUAUGAUCAAA